AUGCACGACGCACAGGCCUCACACGAUCCCCCACCUGCCCCACCACCCGCCGACGCCUUCCAGCCUGACCUCCCGCCUCAUGAAUACCCUCCGCCUGACGAGCCUCCACCAUCCUAUCAUGACGCCAUUGGGAUGACCGGUGCGCCACCAGGCUACGGCACCUUCCGACCAUAUAGCGAGGAAUCCUCCAUAGCAAGCAGCGAAGUCGAGUCCACCCACCGCGCACUUCCUGAAUGGUUUGGACAGGCCUUGGUCGUAUUCAUCUUCAUAUGCCUCAUAUAUGGCUUCUGGGAGUUCAUCAAUACUCCUGACACUUGA